UCUAUGUACGCAGUACGCAAUUAAUUAUUAAUUUCCUUUUUCCAUUUUCUUUUCUUUUAUAAUUAUUUCCUUUUAUGGCACCCACUUUGUUAUUCCCUUUACAACAUGAUCGAGAAACCCAAGAGCUUCAUCAUCGAAGGCUCAAACUUGAGUCUUCUCUUCCUUCUGAUUCACAGCAGAUGGAAGACGAGGAGAUGACACCCAUUUUAAGAACAGAACCCCAGCUGGAAAUUGAGGUUCCAUUUGUAUCUGAAAAUGUACUGCCUAUGUCACCACAAUUACCUUGCACUUCUGUUUGUGCCUUUUCAGGACUAGAAAAUAGUAUUUUGGAGUCGGAACAAAGAUCAAAGUCAGCAAUGAAACUUUGUGGACUAAUAUUUUUCUAUUUAUUAGUUAUGAUGGUAGAGAUUGUUGGUGGUGUGAAGGCAAACAGUCUUGCUGUAAUUACAGAUGCUGGUCACUUGCUCACUGAUGUUGCCGGGUUCUCCAUUUCUCUUUUCUCAGUAUGGGCAUCAGGAUGGAAGGCAACAUCAAACCAGUCUUUUGGUUAUUAUCGUCUUGAGGUUGUGGGUGCUCUUCUAUCUGUGCAGCUUAUAUGGCUGAUUUCUGGAUUCUUGAUUUAUGAAGCUAUUAACAGGAUUUUCUACAGACGUGCAACAGUCAAUGGGAUUCUCAUGUUUGCAAUAGCAGCUUUUGGGUUUGUUAUUAACUUCAUCAUGGUCAUAUGGCUUGGUCACAAUCAUGUUCAUCAUGCAUGUGGACAUUCUCAUCAUGAUCAUGCUCAUGCUCAUGCUCAUUCUCAUAAGCAUGGUCAUAGUCCCAAGCAUGAUCACAGUCAUGGUCAUGAUAAUAUGCAUGAUCAUAAUCAUAAUCAUGGUCAUAAGUAUCAGAAUGAUCAUGAAAGUGAGGAACAAUGUUCUAUUUCUGAGGAGGAGAAGACUAGCAUGGUCUCAAGCUCUGCACAAACGACCAAAACCUUAAACAUUAACAUCCAAGGUGCAUACUUGCAUGUUAUGGUUGAUAUGAUUCAGUCUAUUGGGGUGAUGAUUGCUGGAGCAAUCAUUUGGGUGAAACCAGAUUGGUUAAUAGUUGAUUUGGUCUGCACACUUAUAUUCUCUGUUCUCUCUCUCAGUACUACAAUACCGAUGAUUAAAAAUAUUUACGGCAUAUUGAUGGAAGGAGCACCGAGUGAGAUUGAUAUAACUAGGCUAGAAAACGAUCUCAAGUGUAUCAAAGGAGUUCAGGAUGUUCACGACCUACAUGUUUGGGCCCUAACUGUUGGGAAGAUUGUGUUGUCUUGCCAUGUAAUAGCUGAGCCUGCAGCCAGCUCUAGUCAGUUAAUUUACAAGAUAAGGGAUUGUUGUGAAAGAACAUACAGAAUAAAUCAUGUAACUGUACAAAUUGAGUAGUUGAUUGCAUAUACAUAUUCUCUAUUUUUGUUCAA